AUGACUACCUCUUCUAACAGAGAUCAUUUCUUUCAGACUUCUGCUUCCUUGGAAGACCAGCAGAGGAAAGACGCCAAGUCCCAGAAUUCCAAUGGAAACCCUAUUCGGUUACAGAGCAAGAUUCUUGCCAUACAUCCUGACCCGAACAAUUUGAACUCGAUCUAUGUUGCGCAAAGUAGUGGCGUUGUUAGAAGAGUAGUACUAGAGACAGGUGAAACAGCUGCAUUGUACAAAGGUCCCACAGCUCCUUUGACAAGUCUUUGUCUGAGUCCAGAUGGAAAGCUUCUGUUUGCUGGAUGCUGGGACAAGACUGUGUGGAGCUGGGAUGUUGCCUCAGGCCAGCCUCAGAAACAGUAUGAAGGUCACGCGGAUUUUGUUCGAGCCGUCAUUAGUGCUCGACUACGUGGGGAGGAUCUUCUUAUUACAGGCGGUGCUGACGCACAAGUGCUGGUCUUUAACAUUGCUAGUGGCCAGCGCACUGAAACUUUCAAGGGUCAUUCCCGAGGGAUCCAGGAUCUGAUUCUUGACCCAGAAGUAGAGGAAUCAGAGGCAUUGGUGUUUAGUGCGGGAAGUGAUCGAGAGAUCCGGCAAUUUAAGAUCUUUGAUGGUGGGGAUUCAGCUGAAGCACUCCUCCCGCACGAGACCAGCGUAUACAAGCUCUUCUUUGAUCAGGAUGGAGAUCUUUGGACCGUGUCUGCCGAUAAGACUGCCAAAUGCUUGGUUCGAGCAGAUGGUUGGAAGCCUAAUCUCACUUUGGAGCACCCUGACUUUGUGCGGGACAUUGUCAUUCACGAGGCUGGUGGUUGGGUGGUCACUGCUUGUCGGGACGAAGAGGUGCGCGUGUGGCAUCGAUCGACUGGACAGCUUCAUCAUGUGUUUUCUGGCCAUUUCGAGGAGGUCACUGGGCUGGUUCUAGUUGGCUCCACAGUGGUUAGUGCGGGUAUUGAUGGGACUAUUCGGCAAUGGUCUCUUCGUCCAGAUGAACUUCAAAAGGCUGUGGAACUAGCCAACAAGGGUCCUGUGGUAGUAGAGCCUGAGCUCAAUGACGAGCCAGCACUUACAGAGGAGGAGGAGCGAGAAUUGGCUGAGCUGAUGGAAGAUGAUUAG